AAUCGUCUGAAGAGAUGGAGAUAAAAAGAGCAAUAUUUUGUACAUGGUACAAACUUUUUUUUCAAAAACUUCAGAUUAACAUUAUUUUAAUAAAUUAAACUAAAAAUAAACUCUCUCACUUUUAUUUUUUUUAGGAAUAGGACACAAGAUUCAAAACCCAUUUGAAUUGACGGAGUAGAAUACUGUUGUCUUGCCCCCAUAUAUAUACAUAACCUUCCGCCAAGCCAAACUAAAUUCUCCCCGCCUUCGCGCUGAAGAUUUGAAGCAACACUCCGUGUGGAUUAUUUAGGAUAUAAGCGAAGUAAUCUGAGUCGAGAUAUGGCUGAGCAAGUGAAGAAGAAGAUCAUAGGGUUGGAUGAAGGACUGGAAGUUAUCCGCGAGGGUAUUGCAAAGCUAGAGAGGAUCUUGGAAGGGGAACCCGAGUCUUUUACCGCCGAAGAGUCUACCACUAUUUAUGAUAUGAGCACACAGAAACCUCCUCAUGAUUAUGCUCCUCAGCUAUAUGACAAGUACAAUGAAACAUAUGUUGAUUACAUCAAUUCAGUAGUUUUGCCCUCUUUGAGAGAGAACCAUGACGAAUUCAUGCUAAAGGAGCUUGUUAAAAGAUGGGCAAAUCACAACAUUAUGGUCAGGUGGCUUUCUAGAUUUUUCCUCUAUCUUGACAGAUGCUAUAUUGCACGGCGUGGACUCCCUUCUCUUCGCAAUGUUGGGUUUAUGUGCUUCCGUGACAUGGUUUACCAGGAGUUCAAAAUUAAAGCUAGAGAUGCUGUUAUAGCUCUGAUUGAUCAAGAACGUGAGGGCGAGUAUAUUGACAGAGCGUUACUCAAGAAUGUACUGGACUUUUUUGUCGAAAUUGGGAUGGGACAGAUGGAAUACUACGAGAAUGACUUUGAAGAUGCCAUGCUCAAGGAUACUGCUGCCUUUUAUGCUCGAAAGGCAUCAAACUGGAUAGUCGAGGACUCUUGUCCCGAUUACAUGUUGAAGACGGAGGAGUGUUUGAAGAAAGAAAAAGAAAGAGUUUCUCAUUAUCUACAUCCCAAUAGUGAAGCCAAGCUCCUAGAGAAAGUGCAAAAUGAGUUACUCGUAGUAUACGCCAAUCAACUGCUUGAAAAGGAGCAUUCUGGUUGUCGCGCACUGCUCAGGGAUGAUAAGCGGGAAGAUUUGUCGAGGAUGUAUAGGCUUUUCCAAAAGAUUCCCAAAGGAUUAGAUUUGGUAGCCAAUAUGUUUAAGGAGCAUGUCACCGCUGAAGGCUUGGUGUUGGUACGGCAGGCUAAAGAUGCAUCUCAUAGCAAGGUUUUUGUUCAAAAAGUGACCAAGCUUCAUGGCAAGUAUAUGUCACACGUGACAGAUUGUUUUUCCAACAAUUCUCUCUUUCUCAAGGCUUUUGAAGAAGCAUUUGUGGAUGGCUGCUCCAGUGCUCAACUCUCUUUGGCGAAGCUUUAGUCACUUCUUCUUAGAGUUCUUACCAUCCAUUCAAAAUUCUUUUUGGUCUGCUUUUAGAAAAUACAAGAAACGCAUGAAAUCUUA